GACAAUUAUUCACAAUAACUGGCUCGUCAUAGUACUAUUGUGAAUUGUGCAUUCAGUUUGACAUUAUUUAUUAUAACGCAGAACUACAAGUUUUUGUUGUCGGAUUUUUAAAAAAGUUUGGAUCGUUUUAUUAACUUGAUUUUUGGAAGAAGUGCAUCCAACGAACCGAAAAGACAAUUACUAUCAAAAUUAUAAUUAUAAGGAAAUUUUUGUUUGGUUUCUUAUAUCUUUCACAAAGGAAAUAUAUAUUUUAUAUAGCUUCUAGAAAGAAUAUAAACGAAAUGGCUGAUAAACCAUAUCAAAAUAAGGCAAAAAGGGGAAAAUAUGAUGAAAAACCAAAAAAAGGACGUACUCAUUUGACUGGUCCUCCUUUAACCAAGGAAUUUAAGGAACAAGAGGACCGUAAUCUUCUUGAAUUACUGACAAAGCGGAAAAUAGAGAACUCAGUAAAACUUUCAGUUCAAAAUGGAAGUUUUGACUCAACUUGUUAUGUUGUUUUCGCAGCAAAUUAUUUUGCAAAAAGCAUAAAAGGCGAUGUUUUUAUACCAGCCGAAAUAUCUCUAGCUGAGUUUUCCCUAAAAACUGGUCUUUUGAAAACUUAUCACUCGCUAGUUAAUCCAAAGGUUUUACCAUACGGUAAUAAGUAUGAUGCUCAAGUACAUUGCAGCAAUACACAUAAGCUUCCGCUUCCCCCAAAUGCCUUGGGUGAAGAAAAUUUGUCAAAACUAUAUGUCGCUAUAAUGAAUUUUGCGAAGAACGAAGCUACUGGUGAAUAUCGGCCACUUUAUGUUAAGGAAGACAGCUUGUAUAUAGCAAAAGCUAUACUGGCGUAUAUGAAAAAUGAUUUUAAUGACAGCCACAUAACUCUUGAAGUGUAUCCCAUUCAGCACUUAUUUCAUAUUAUGAAGGAAUCGGCAUGCAAAAUAGGUGAAUUAUCAUUGCCAAGUUCCCUCAGCAUCCAAUCAGUUUUCUAUAGAGAUAAUUAUGCAUAUCACGUUGGUUUGUCAUGUGAGUACCACGAGAAUAUAGACAGGUCUAACUAUUGCGCAAAGUCAAUUGCCAGUAGAAUGUGUUUCAAGUUUACCGAAUAUAUGGCUCCAGAUGUCGCAAUUAAAAUUAUAAAAGGGAGACAUAUACCCCAUGACGUAGCACCUAGUUUUGAAGUAAUAGAACCUAGGCCAUUUAAACCAACACGCAAACAGGACAAGAUUUUUAAGAAGGAGAAGGAUGAAGAGGAUUAAAUGGACUGCAAGUGAAUGUUGACUUCCACAUUAUUAUCUUCAUACAUUAGAGACUUUAUUCAGUGCCACACAAGUUUUUUUGUUGUGUGCUUUAAUUGUACACAAUUUGCUAUCUUACUAUUUUUGUAUUACACGAUUUUUAUUUCACAAGUAAACUAUAUCGAGACUAAUUCAUUUAAUCUUUUAAU